ACUUUAACCCUGGACCCGCCGCCGUAUCAUUUGGAAGCUGUGAGUCUGUGCAUGUGAAAACAACGUACGUUCGAUUUGGCCUCGAUUACCAGAACCUUAAAAAGGUCCAGCCCGUCUUGACGCGUAAUACUCUCAGUCGAGUGUGUCCAUGCUGGGAGAGGAGCAUGUCAUCCAGUGCGCCUGGCGAAUCGUCGCAGAAAAGGCCCUGUCCUCAAGAAAUAAAAGAAGCCGUGGAGGCAUCACAAGAACCUAAACGCACCAGAACGCACACUUUCCCAACGGCGCCUACUACUCCCUCUCAGCAAGCACCUGGUUCCAACACACCAGGAAGAGGACGAGGCAUAUCACAGAAUGUACCGCCUUCAGGGCCAAGAGACGUCCGAUAUACUACCCAGGUUCAACCAAUUCCAGCAAGUCAAACAGGACGCGGAGUACCGGGCGUAAUGAGAGGAAGAGGAGGUUAUCUGGAUGCGCAAAGAGGACGCACUUUCCCCCUGUCCUCUACCUAUCCAUUCAGUCCCACGAGACCACAGAAUACACCAGGCAGAGCUCCCAUAGGGCAGGUCCUCCCAGCUGCCGGGAGAGGAUCAAAUUUUGCUCCUCCCGCACCGCGCGGACGAGGUGUGAGGUCAACUCCUCCAGCUUCGUUGACACCUACUGCAGCACCUAGGCUCAAUCGCCCCCCCGUUCUAGCUCAGCCCGCAGCUCAAUUGACGUCUGAACCUUCUGGAAACAUUGCACAAGAAGCGCCUGAAACUGAAAUGAUGGAGACUCUGGAGAUAUCGGAUGAUGAAACAGACGCUGAUGAGUUUCUGGAGGUAUGGAGAAGAGUACAAGAGACAUCUGUGGUUGGGACACAGCAAUCGCCCGUAUCUAGAAUACCGAGGCAUUUGAGAGCUGCUGUGGAUGGCCUGUUUCCCUUCCUGCGAGAAGGACUUGAAGAGGAGGAGGAGAUCUUGUCUUCGAAUACUACCAGGACACAAGUAUAGAGGGACAAAACGCAGCUGUUUGAGCAUGACAUUGGCAACAUUAGCUACGGCCAGCGGGUUAUUUAGUUAGAGAAACAAUCGUUACGUAUCGGAUGUGCUGCAAGACUAUCACACGCGGGCCUUAGUAAAUGCUUAGCUCACUGCCUAUCAGCAC